GGGCAAGGGAGGCCCUCUCCAGCCAUCCACCCGGCCGGGCCUUCCUACCUCUCUGCCCCCUCUCCUGUCAUGGAAUUUGGCUGGUCAUUGAAGUGACCAGAUAUGUACCAAGCAGGCACUAUAGGGGAACAGACAGGCACAGAUGUACACAGUCAUCCAGAGGCCCCAGACCAGCCCCCAGAGAAACUGGGAAAGCAGCAAUGUUACACAGAGGUCAGCGGCAUGCAAAGACAGAAUCUGAAGCAGGAAGGAGUACCAGGCAGGAGCUGUGGGCGGAGGGACCUGCUUGCUGCCGACAGUGGCAUGGCAGUGAGAGUCUCAGCUGCUAGCUCCCCCUGGUGGCGGUAGGUUGCCCUGCUACUCAGAGACCACGUGAUUUCUGGGAAAAGGCCCUCCCGAGAGGAGAAACGAAACUUAGGGUGGGGACUGUAGAAAGAGGCGGAGAAAUCUCCCUGCCUGGCUGCGAACGGAGCUGCAGCUUGUGGAGCCCUGGGACAGCUUGGACAGCGGUUCAGGAUGGGAUCGGGCAGGGCACGAUGCACCCGGAAGCUCCGGAACUGGGUGGUGGAGCAAGUGGAGAGCGGGAAGUUCCCAGGUGUGUGCUGGGACGAUGCAGCUAAGACCAUGUUCCGGAUUCCCUGGAAACACGCGGGCAAGCAGGACUUCCGGGAGGACCAGGAUGCCGCCUUCUUCAAGGCCUGGGCCAUGUUUAAAGGCAAGUACAAAGAGGGAGACCCAGGAGGCCCUGCUGCCUGGAAGACUCGCCUGCGCUGUGCCCUCAACAAGAGUUCUGAAUUUGAGGAGGUUCCCAAGAGAGGCCGAAUGGAUGUUGCUGAGCCCUACAAGGUGUAUCGGCUGCUGCCACCAGGAACUCCAUCUGCCCAGCCAGGGACCCGGAAAUCAGCAUCAAGGCGACACCACAGUUCUGUGUCUUUUGAGAGGGAGGAAGAUGAGGGUAUCACAAGCAACUGCAUGGUCAAUCCCGCCUCCCUCCAGGACUCCCUGGAUAACGUACUGUGUGUGCAGGCAGAGAUGGUGGCCACUGGGGAAGCAAACCACUCAGACGCCGGGAACAGCAGCAGCAGUAGCAACGGCGGUGGCAGCCCAGAGCCACAGGAAGGUGCGAAUGUAACUGAGGCUGCUGUGCAAGGGGAUAUGGUGGCCUCGGAGCUUCUGCUCCCUCCAGACCCAGACUACUCGCUGCUGCUCACCUUCAUCUACAACGGGCGUGUGGUGGGUGAAGCACGGGUGCACAGCCUCGACUGCCGCCUCGUGGCCGAGCCCUUAAGCUCUGAGAGGAACAUGGAACAGGUGGUGUUUCCCAAGCCUGACCCCCUGGAGCCCACCCAGCGCCUGCUGAGCCAGCUAGACCGAGGCCUCCUGGUGGCCAGCAACUCCCGAGGCCUCUUUGCUCAGCGGCUUUGCCCCGUCUUCGUCUCCUGGGAUGCACCGCAGGUCCCGCCUGGGCCAGGCCUGCAUCUGCUGCCCAGCAAUGAGUGUGUGGAGCUCUUCAAGACUGCCUACUUCUGCAGAGACUUGGCCAGGUACCUCCAGGGCCUGGGCCCCCCACCCAAGUUCCAGGUGACACUGAAUUUCUGGGAGGAGCGCCCCGGCCCCAGCCACACUGCACAGAGUCUUAUCACAGUGCAGAUGGAGCAAGCUUUUGCCCGACACUUACUGGAGACCCCAGAGGAGCAGGCAGCCAUUCUGUCCCUGGUGUAGGGCAUGGGAACCCACCUUCUGCCCCACCCCUCCGCUCCCACUCCUGUCUCCCUUGAAACAGACUCGUUGUCUGCACUGUUGGUCAGUGCCUCCCUUCUUGAUCACUCUCAGUGCUGUGGUAGUUACGUCCUUGAACUCCUCACAUCGUGGCUGGUGGAGAGCUCAAGGAUAAUUUUUAUUUUAAACACAUUUUUUGAAAUAUACCCUCUUUCAUCUCUAAAGGACUGGGAAAUUCCAAAUGAUGUGAACUCAGGGGGCCUCUCCUUCUUCCCUCAACCCUCAACUCUAAAGCCAAGCACUUUAUAUUUUCUUCCUAGGUCUUCACUAAGAAUUAAAAAUAAAAUUUUAUUGAAAGAGGAA